ACUAGAUUCACCUGGAGAGCAGAAACUGCUUCAGAGGACUCAAACACUGCAGUGAAACAACAAAGUGCUGAGAGGACACACACUCACUGCUGCAGGAUUUAACCUCGACUCAGGAGGACUUUGCGGAUCUUUUCCAAAUCAGGACUAAUACCGUGAACCAGAACCGGGACCUUUUUUUCUCUCUUAUAACUUUUCCCCCCACGCAGCAAACACGGGAGGAUCUACGUUUUUUAAACUCCUCCUUGGAAUUAUUCUCCCUUAAUUGGACUCAGGGACUUUGUCUGAAAGCUCACUGAGUUGGUUUAGUUUUAUUUUACAUUUUUUGCUGACAAACCCGUCAAAUCCACAUUUCUGGAUUAAUGAAACAUCUCUCCGGUGAAAUGAGGUGGAUAAAGCUGCUCAGGAUGGUGCUGUGUGCAGUGGUGUGUCUCCAGUGUGCUGCUGCUCCUCCUGCUGCAGCCUGUGAGGGAGAAGAGUGCAACAGAAGCGAGACCUCUUCCUCUUCAUCACCCUCUGUGUCCUCCUCUCCGUCUUCUUCUUUUUCUGUGGUGGUGAAGUCCGAGCAGCUCUCGCAGGACUUCCUGGGUCAGCUUACCCAGGUGGGCUCGCAGAACAGCGGGGACCGUAAACACCGGGACGCCAGCGCUGUGCUGCCCUUCAUCGGCCUCACUGGAAGUGCUGAGCAGAGUCGCAGCUGCUGUAAGAACGGAGGAACCUGCAUCCUCGGCAGCUUCUGUGCCUGUCCGCCAUUCUUCACGGGCAGGAGCUGCGAGUACGACCAACGCGUCAGGAACUGCGGUCAGAUCCCUCACGGGGAGUGGGUUCAGAAAGGAUGCUCGUACUGUCGCUGUGGUUACGGCGUCCUGCACUGCUUCCCCCACGUCUUCCACAAAAACUGCGACGACUCUGAGGAAGUGCGUUGGUAUCGAUCAUCAGCUGUCCGGACGGUUCCGAGCAGCUGCUUCAUCUAUCUGAUGCUGCUCCUUCUUCCUCUCCUCCUCCUCCUCCUCUGAUGGUACAUGAACGCGAUGUUAGAAACAAAGACACUGAGGACUAUCAAACAGUUAUCAAGCUGCUUCCUCUCUUCCUCCUCCUCUGAUGGUUAUUUUUCAUAAACGCCAUGUUGGACUAUCGGACAUUUAUCGAGAUGCUUCUUCAGGACCAAAGAUUACUUUCCAAACACAGUCAAAGCUUUUUAAAGCUUUUAGAAAAUAUUUAUUAUAUUUGUUCAGAUUCUACAUCAUGGAAGAGAAAUGUGGACACUCAGGAAACAGGGAAGUUUAUGACUGAACUCCUGAAACUUUUCAAAUCUGGCUGGUUUUAAACAAUGUUGUCAGACCGUGUGACAGAUCACCUCUUUAUCCCUCCACUUUAAGGAUUCUGUGCUGAAUAUUUAAUGAGAAUUCAAACCACUAAGUCCAGAUAUAGUUGUGAAAAAAAAGGGUAUUUAACUGGAUAAGUUGUCCGCCUUCCACCUCUGAUGUACGCCAGCAUUCAAACAGAAACUGAAGCUCCUGUGGUCCAAACUCUCCGUGUCUCAGCUUCCUCAAACUUAUCCUUCCAGUGGAAGGCCGUCUGUGUGUCUCUGAUGUCAUGAAGAACAAGUUCUAUGUGAAGGAAAGUGUACAUAAGAUUUUUAUGAAAGUGUGUCUUUUUGUUGUUCUUGAAGGAUUUUUUUUGUAGAAGAUGCAGUUUUCUUGUGUCUUUUGUCUCUUUGCACAAACUGUGAGCAGCUGUGACAUUUAGUCCGUUGAAUACAAACAUGAAUUGAAUUUGUGUUUAUUAAAAUUUUCUGCUGCACAA